CAGGGGGUCAAGAAUGCACAGCUUGAAAACCAGGCACUGAAGGAAAGACUCCGCAUCGUGGAGGAACAGAAUAAGAUACUAUCGGCCAAUAAGGGUCGCCGCAAGAAGGACGAUGCGGUUGCUGAAGACAUUCUGGCCUUCGAAGCAGAACUCAAGGUCUGUGCAAAACGAUACAGUCUCAUGGUCAAUAUGUUCCCUCCGCCAGCAGCCCUGCUCAAAACAACACUUCCCGACCCUGCACUGUCAUUCAAUACAGCUGCUCGGUAUGCUACUACAGGUUCGCAGGAGAUUGCAGUUCUGGCAGAAUUGUACGACAUGCUCCCCCAGCACCUGUAUCACCUGGUGCCGAUGAAUCAGUUUUCGAACGUGUUCUCCAAGGCAGUCUGUGCUGGUCGUGCCUCCGAGCUUAACAAGCUCAGGAGUGCCACUGGUCAGAUUUUCGAGCUUCCUCAGUGUUACUUCGCCAUCUCAUAUGCUCGCGACACAGAAACUGAGAUUCGCCACCAGCUACUUGGCACCACUGGCAAAGCCGGCGAGUCAUAUCCGACUCUGCCACCUAUGUUGUUUCCAGGGAAUAUUGUCAACUGCAGUUGUAAAACACUGUUUGGUAACUGGCAACUUAUUGCUAAGACACUGAGCUGCUGCCUUAAGGGCAGGACAUCACUCUCCAAUGAGAGUAGACGACAGGGCGGUGCUCCACCCAACGCAGUUAAGUGGGGCGUCAUGGCAGUAACACCUGGGGCUGUGGCUUGGGCUAUUGUCGCAAACAUAUUUCUAUUAUCACCCGACCAGGAAUUUUCCCAAGAAGGCAAAGGGAAGACCUCCAGAAUCAACUAUGGCAUGAUCUUUAUGUUCUUUAAAGAACUGCUGAUCUGCGACUGGGAGAAGCCUUGCCUGAAGACAAUCAUCAAGCAUAUCAAUACCUUCAUUUUCGAGCGCACUUCUUGCCCCUCUCAUGAUCUUAACAGUAGGGAUUCUGCUGAUGAUCUUCAAGAAGAAAUGUGUCUCGCUCGACUUGGAUUAGCAGCAGACACAGAAGAUGAUCUGUCUCUGUCUGACAAUGAAAAUGCUAGUAUUGACGUCCUCGCUAAAGCUACAGGCAAUAUAGCGCUACGUGAUUCCAAUGAGGCUCCUACUCCUUUGUCAACUACCACUAUGACAUCAACCCUCA